AGAGGCCGAUGGGUGAAGCGGCCGAAGGAACGUCGGCGGCAUCACCGGAGGCGGUGGAGCCGGAUGUAGUUCGGGAAUCCGAACAUCAUCCGACGGCGUCUGUGGCCGCAGUGGGGGGUGCUAGUUCUACUUCGAGCAUCCCCUCGCUGUCGGUUCCGUCGGUCGGGGCGGCCGAUCGAGGGAAAGCCCCGAUGGACCCCGCGGACGAGAAAAGGUCGGGGAGCCGAUCCGUGCCGCCCAGCGCCCAGUAUCCCGAAGGUGCGUCGGCGUUGGCCGACCACAACCUGGCGAGGAGGUUGUGCCAGGGGAUUCUUCUUCCGACCGACGUUGAGUCGCUGAGAUCUCGGCAGGUAACCGAGAUGCUGUCCAGGUUCUAUCCGACUAUGGUCGAGCUGAUCUAUACAAUGUCGGAACUGGAGGCCGGGUACCAGAGGUUCGGCAAUGUCCGGGCCGCUUAUAAGGAGAGGUCGGCGGCUGCCGAAGCCGAGAGGGCGAUGUUGGGCGACCACCUUCAGCAAUCGGCCGACCGGGAGGCCAACAUCGUCCCAUCGGGGGCCGAGGAGGAAGCCAUCGAGGAGAUGGCCGACCAGCCGUCGGGAGGCGUAGUUGCUGCGGAGGAAGUCAUCCCGGAGGAAGCGGCGCCGACUGCCAGUCCCCCGCCGACCGAAGGACCGGCUUCAGCCGUCGACCCGGCUCCGCUUGUGGCCGACACGCCAGUCAUCCCCGAUCUCCCGUCGGUCGAGGAGAUCGACUCAGAUGGGUGA